AUGAAUUCUAUUAAUACAAUAGUUGCAAAGUUACAUAAUGUAAUUUACAAUUCACUUUGGCAUUAUUGGCCAGAUACAGACAGAUCAAAACUAAUAGCAACAUUGUUGGAUUCAAGAGUAAAACAAAUAGAUAUAUGGCCAGACAAAAUUCAAGAACAAGCAAUUAUUAAAUUGUAUAAUGAGUUUCAAAACUUUGUUAUUAGUACAAAGCCUACUUUACAACACCCAAUUCAUCAACCUUCUAUAGCACCUUUCCUGGCACCAAACUUUAUGAAAAAAUUUUUAGUUCUUAUUAGUCUCAAAUUAGACAUGAAAUUAAAAUCAAUAAUUAUCUGA